CGCCGAGAUCCUCUCCGGCGCCAGCCAUGGACGGGCUGCUGUCCAAGCUCCGGAGCCUGGACGCCUACCCCAAGGUGAACGAGGACUUCUACAGCCGCACCCUCUCCGGCGGCCUCAUCACGCUCGCAUCCUCCCUCGUCAUGCUACUCCUCUUCCUCUCCGAGCUCCGAUUGUAUCUUCAUGCAGCUACAGAGACAACACUAAGGGUUGAUACCUCACAUGGAGAAAAACUUCGCAUAAAUUUCGAUAUCACCUUCCCAGCCCUUCAGUGUUCUAUAAUUAGCGUUGAUGUGAUGGACAUUAGUGGACAAGAGCACCUUGACGUGAAACAUGAUGUAUUCAAGCAGCGAAUUGAUGCCAAUGGCAAGGUUAUUUCAACUAAGCAAGAUGCAGUUGGUGGGAUGAAGGUGGAAAAGCCCUUGCAACAUCAUGGUGGCAGGCUUGAACACAAUGAAACCUAUUGUGGCUCAUGUUAUGGUGCACAAGAAUCUGAUGAACAAUGUUGCAACUCAUGUGAGGAUGUCCGUGAAGCAUACCGAAAAAAGGGGUGGGGUGUAUCAAACCCUGAUUCGAUCGAUCAGUGCAAAAGUGAGGGCUUCCUUCAAAGUAUAAAAGAUGAAGAAGGUGAAGGAUGCAAUAUUUAUGGCAUCCUGGAAAUUAACAAGGUUGCUGGGAAUUUUCACUUUGCUCCAGGGAAAAGCUUCCAGCAGUCAAAUGUCCAUGUUCAUGAUCUGCUUCCAUUCCAAAAGGAUAGCUUCAAUCUCAGCCAUAAGAUAAAUAAAUUAACUUUUGGAGAACCCUUUCCUGGUGUGGUUAAUCCCCUUGACGGGGCGCAUUGGGUCCAGCCUUCAUCAUAUGGAAUGUAUCAAUACCACAUUAAGGUUGUUCCCACUGUAUACACUGACCUAAGUGAGCAAAUUAUUCUCUCCAAUCAGUUUUCUGUGACAGAACAUGCCAGAAGUGGCGACAGUGGUCGGAUACAAGCUCUUCCUGGCGUGUUUUUCUUUUAUGACCUUUCGCCAAUUAAGGUCACAUUCACGGAACACCAUAGGUCAUUUUUACACUUCUUAACCAAUGUUUGCGCUAUUGUUGGAGGUGUGUUCACUGUUUCUGGAAUCAUAGAUUCAUUUGUCUACCAUGGCCAGAGAGCAAUCACUAAGAAGAGGGAACUCGGAAAAUUCAACUGAGCUUUCAAUCAAGCUUUCCGAUUGCUGCCAGUUAUUCCAUCUUCAGAACUUCCUUUUGAACUACUGUAGCUGCAGUAGAAACCGAGUCUUCUCCAAGUUCCAAGAGUACAAGUGAACUAACCAGCCGGUAUCUUUGUCAAAACAUUUGCUCUGGAGCUCUUGGUGUGACUCCUGCUUACUUCCAGCAGAAGCUGACAGCAUACAAAAUGGCUCAUCUGGUGUACUGCUAUGUUAUAUCACACUCAGGCAAUCUGAAUAUUUCAGAGGCGCUUCAUUUUUGUACACUCUACCUCAGUGACAAAUGUUUGUGCGUCCUUAAUCUGCAACGUUUUUGUGUCUUUGUAAAUCAGUGUAAGAGGUCUGUAGACUGUCUGUAGAAUACUUAUGACAGGUUUAUUUUUCUUAGACAUUUUUGUAGAUCUUACAGGUCAAGGUAAAGAAAAAUGUUUUGACCAUUGGAAGGAAACUAAGCUUAUUAUUUGA